ACUCAUGGGCGUUCCAAAAGUUAAUUUUUAUGCAGUUCUGUCAUUGUCGAAGACAAAAGUAUAAUAUAAUGUAAAGAAUGUACAAUAGUCCAAAUUACUUUUUAUGCUGUUUCAUCAUUGUAGAAGAUACAAUUAUGUAAACAAACUAUUGGAAUACAGACAGAAUUAUACCAGACCUGUAUGUACAACUGAGUAAAGUCCAAAAACCUACCUCACGUAUUGAUGUAACAAUGUAACGAAACCUCAACCAUAAAGCUAGUGGCUGGAUAAAUGUCUUAGGACGCACCCAACUGAAACAUUAACAAAAUAACCUCAAAUAUUGAUGGCGGGAAGGUUUGCUUAUAUUUUUGUAGACUUAUAAUUUGUUGGGUUUCAUCAUCUCAGGAUUUUUGAACACGUUAGUUUUAAAAGAGCACAGAAUGUUGUGGGCAGACAAAUACCGCCCUAAAGAUCUUGCAAACUUGGACUACCACAAGGAUCAAGCUUCAAACUUGAAAAAUCUCACAAAAGAUGGUGAUUUUCCUCAUUUACUCGUGUAUGGCCCUUUGGGAGCAGGCAAGAAAACCAGGAUAAUGUGCUUGCUCAGAGACUUGUACGGUCCGGGAGUUGAAAGGCUGAAAAUGGAGAUGAUGUCUUUUACAACCCCAUCUAACAAAAAACUUGAAAUAAUGACUGUCAGCAGCAACUACCACAUCGAAGUGAACCCUAGUGAUGUAGGCAUUUACGACAGGGUGGUCGUGAUGGACAUUAUCAAAAACGCAGCUCAGAGUCAGCAGUUAAAUUCUAAUGCUCAGCGGGAUUUCAAAGUAAUCAUUUUAACUGAUGUCGAUGAUCUAACGAAAGAUGCCCAACAUGCUCUCCGCAGAACGAUGGAGAAAUAUAUAGCCAACUGUCGCAUCAUACUUUGCGCCACGUCCAUAUCUAGGGUGAUUCCUGCCAUCAGGUCUCGUUGUUUGUGUAUAAGAGUUCCUGCACCAUCUGAAGAGACAAUAAUAAGCAUCUUGCAGAGUACUUGUAAAAAGGAGGAUCUCACUCUUCCGGUUGAACUUGCCAAGAGAAUUGCGAAAUUGUCAAAUCGUAAUCUGAGAAGAGCUUUGUUAAUUUGCGAAGCAUGCAAAGUAGAGCAGUAUCCUUUCACUCAAAAUCAGAACAUUCCCGAACCAGAUUGGCAAGUAUUUAUUAAAAAAACCGCGGGGAGAAUACUGCAAAACCAGAAUAUGGAAACUCUUGCAAAGGUAAGAGAAAAUUUGUAUGAGUUGAUUACCAACGGCAUUCCUUCUGAUAUUAUAUUCAAGACUCUACUCGAGGAAUUAUUAAAAAAUUGUGAUAUGGGAAUCCGAUCGAGAAUUGUGGAACAAGCUGCAAUUCACGAACAUAGGAUGGUUCAAGGGAACAAAGCCAUAUUCCAUUUGGAAUCGUUUGUUGCAAAGUUCAUGUAUAUUUAUCAGGAUAUGAUGCAAGAAAUGAUGGGCGAUUUUUGAAAUGAUUGGUUGUUAAAGUUUUCAAUAGACCAAAAAUGGUACUUGGACUAUUAUUGGUUUUUCAAUUAUACUUAGUGACUCUAAGUUUGUUGGAAAUACGUUAUUUGUUGAUUUGAAGGACCAGGAAUGCUCAACAGCUAGUUAUUUAAUAAAAAUCAUGUAUUUUUUGUUUAAUAAAUGCUUCAGCCAGCAAA